AAAAAAAGGAAGAAGAACGAGAUCAGUUGCUUAAAAAAUGAAAUGAAAGGGAAAAUGGAAUGAUGUUGAAAAGAAAAUUUAAAAAAGAAAAAACCAGUUCCUAAAGAUGUAAUUUCCAUGCUUCAAUGUCGUGUUCUGGAACCAUUCAUGCUGCCAUUCACGACCCUUGUCUCAAUGCAAACAAACUCCGCAUCCCAAAAUCGGCGAAAAGAAAAAUCGAAGCCAAAACCUCUUUGUUUUUCAUCUGUCACACCCAGUAAAAAUCACCUCUCAGAAAAACUUUGUCCUUUUUCUUUUUUCAUAAUUCGUCUUCUACCGUGUUCUUCAAGCGACAAAAAUGUUAAUUGUAGCUCAUUGUGGCGAAUAAACGGAGUGGAAAAAAAAUAAUAAUAACAAUCUAAGUCCACUUCGCAGAUUUUGACAACGAUGAGGAGAGGCUCUGUUUCUUCGCACAGUUUAGGGACAUUCCCGAGCCCAGGAGCGCCAGAUUAUCGAGAGAAUGGUGCUUUGAGUCAAAAGGGCUGGUGCUCAGAGCGAGUCCCGCACCCAUCGAGCAGUAGUAGCAGGAGACAUAUCGGGUCGGCAUCUGCCUUGACUACGCCGUUUUAUGGUGGAAGAACGUUGCCCUCGAAGUGGGAAGAUGCAGAGAGGUGGAUUUGUAGUCCGGUUUCCGGCUACCCCGGCGGCGGUGGUGCUUACAAGAAUCCUUCUUCGCAUUCUCAGCUUGUCGUGCAGAGACGACUCAAGUCGAAAAGCGGCCCUAUUAUGCCACCGGGACUUGCUUAUUAUUCAAGCUGCUCGCCAGCUCUUCAGGUUCUCGAAGCCGGGAGCAUGAGGAGUCUGAUGGUGGGUUCGCCGUUUUCCACUGGGGUUUUGGUGGAUGAUAGGCUUUCCCUUUGUUAUGGUGGCGCUGGUGGUGGCGGCAAUAUCGGCGGUGGGGAGGGUUGUGUGGCGAGGUUAGCUAGUUUGCCCUUCUGGUCAGAUUUAGCCAGUGAAGCUUCCCUGCCAAGCCCUCAAGAUGAGAAGACCGAUGACAUUAAAGAAGCAGAAAUUGUGGUUUCUCCUGUGGUUUCCCGGAAGGAUAUGGCAACACAAAUGAGUCCUGAGGAUAGUGCUCCACCAUCUCCAAGGGAGAGGUCUUCUUCUGCCUGUCCUUCACCUCCCCCUUCGGUCCUUUCCAUUGUUGAGUUACAACAGGAACACCCUUCUAAGGUUGAGAUCAAAGAAGUCCAAAUCGACAAACGAGCCACCAUGAUUAGGUGGUCAAAAAGACAUGCAUCUAGAAUUAUCAAGAAAGGUUUGCCCGAUAUUGAGGAUUUCCAUAAGAGUAGUAGAAGAGCUUCUGCUUCUUCUUGGGAUAUUGCUGAUGUAGCAACAAGUAUCUCAAAGUUACAAAGAGAGGAAGCCAAGAUCAGUGCAUGGGAAAAUUUACAGAAGGCAAAAGCUGAGGCAGCCAUUCGGAAACUUGAGAUGGAAUUGGAGAAGAAGAAAUCAGCGUCGAUGGAUAAGAUCUUGAAAAAGCUCAGAACAGCACAGAUGAAAGCCCAAGAAAUGAGAAGCUCAGUGUCAAAUAGGCAGGAAGAACAUCACACGGCAAAGAAUUCCGAAAAACUUACAUUUUUCCAUAAGCAUAUUCAAAUGAAUCCUCUGAGGAGUUGCUUCACCUGUCAUGCCAUGUAGAUUCUUGCAUUCUCUUGAGGAAGAGCAUCACACUGCAAAGAAUUCCGAAAAGCUUACAUUUUUCCAUAAGCACAUUCAAAUGAAUCCUCUGAGGAGUUGCUUCACCUGUCAUGCUGUGUAGA